CUCUAUUGUAAAAAAGACCUCACCCACUAUAUUGUUCUCGCAAUACAUUGCCGAGAUGAUGGUGGGCGUCCUUCGUUCUCCUUGAUACCACAUUUCUUUGUCCUCUUUGAUAUUUCCAGGCGUUCUUCGGACUCCCCCAACAAUCGCAUCGACGCCUUUGUUUUGCAACCAUAGAACCUCGACCCCUCGGGUUCCUCCUGACCUCUUCAAACAACCGCAAUAAUGGAGCUCGCUCAGCAGCUAGUGCGCUCUUGCGUGCGCUCAUUCUACGAUACGAAGCAUAUCCUAGUCGUCGAUGCGCUGGUGAUUCAUUCAGCUUUGCGCGACGACGAUAUGGCAUAUCUUAUGAGUAUGAACACAAAAGAGCUUCACAAGCUGUGUGGAAGAUUGAAGGAGGACCGGUUUCUUGCAGUUCAUACUCGUCCAGAGAUCAAAGAAGGCCAGCAGCGACCCUUGAACCGAACCUACUACUACAUAGACUACCGUGCAACCAUUGAUGCGAUCAAAUGGAGAGUCUACCUCAUUGACAAAGCCGUUCAAGGCACUACCGUACCCGCCGACGAAAGGAAAGAGUACUUCUGUCCCCGAUGUAAAUCUGAGUGGACAGUGAUGGAAGUUCUGGACAAAGUUGGCCCUCAGGGCUUUUUAUGUCAUAAGUGUGGAUACCUUCUGGAACACGACGUUGACAAUAAUCGAGGCGGGCACGAGCAGUCCACGAAGCUGAAUGCCCAAUUCAAGUUCAUCACCGACCUGCUCCCAGAGAUCGAUAAAGUCGUUAUCCCAGAAAAUACUUUCGAACAAGCCUUAGCGUCUGCUCGGAGAGUUGUUCGAGAUGCCACUAAUCCAGCGUAUGAAUCUGCACCGGUAGAUGUUUCAGCGGAGAAACCCACUGCAGUCCGGGGCAUGACAAAUGUUGGCCCAACCUCCAUUUCAGUCACUCUCACAACCUCUGAAGGCCCUACGGAGGCGGAUCUAGCCGCUGCACAGGCUCGCAAAGAAAAGAUCGCGGCUCAGAAUGCCAUGCCUCUUCAUUUCACCCAUAGUACUAUCACGGGAGAACAGGUUAAAUUCGGCUCGCAGCCUCUCUUCCAGUCUUCACAAUCUGUUGAACCCGACAAGAAAGACCUUGGUUUCGAUACUGCAUCUGCUGAUGGCGAUGUCGCCGAGAUCGACGAUUACUUUGCUCGACUCAAGGCUGAACAGGAAAAAGAAGCCGAACAAGAACAGGAUGAGGAGUAUGAGACUGAUGAAGAGGAAGAAGAGGACAUUGGUUUUGAGGAUGUUGUACCGAAUGGUACACGUUCCGAUGAGGCAACUCCAGCCAGUUCCUUCGGUGGAGCAGACGUUAAGCCAGCCUCUAUGACCUCGGGCCCGUCCGGGGUUUUGAAGAAGAGCGGCAGCGCUUCGGGCAGUGGAACCAGCACAGGCGUCACCAGUCCGGUAACAGGUCCGGAGACACCCACCGAUGAGAGGCCGGCGAAGAAGGUGAGGAUCGAGGAACCAGCUCCAAAGGAUGAGGAUGAGGAGAGUGAAGAAGAUGUAGAAUUUGAGGACGUUUAGUCCCUCCAAAAAAGACCAAGGUUGGAUUGCAUAGCUGGCGCUUUUGAUUCGAAAGAUGGCGUUGGGGAGAGGUCAGGUCAGCGGGGAAUAACAAGGAAUGUGUAAUCUAGAAAUUUGCCGCAGCUCAAGCUGCUCUAUAUUCAAGCGAAAAAAGAUAUUUGAAGUUUCAGGAUCGCUCCAGAAUAUUCAAG